CCCAUGGGGGCGGAGAGAACACCGCCCGCUUCCUCUGGAGCCAAUAGAGAAGAGGAACAAAGAAGCGCUUCCUGAGUUCGGGGGUCGAGGGAAGAUGGCGACCACCAAAGGGGGUUGGUGCUUGUGCGAAUUACUGAGGUUUUUGUAUUCAUUAUUCCUCCCUGGCCUGACAGUAUGUGGAAUUUUAUGCAUAUGUUUGUUCAUUAUCCUCUGGGGAAUCAGACUGCUGGUACGAAGAAAGAAAGAGUCAGUAGCAACUAGCAAAAAUGGGAAAAAUCAACUGGUGAUUGCAUUUUUUCAUCCGUACUGCAAUGCUGGCGGCGGAGGAGAAAGAGUUUUGUGGUGUGCCUUAAGGGCUCUGCAGAAAAAGUAUCCUGAAGCAAUUUAUGUUGUGUAUACUGGUGACGUGAACGUCAGUGGUCAACAGAUACUAGAAGGUGCUUUCCGAAGAUUUAACAUCAGGCUCAUUCACCCAGUGAAGUUUGUUUUCCUGAGGAAACGCUACCUUGUGGAAGAUUCGCUCUAUCCUCACUUCACACUGCUGGGCCAAAGUCUAGGAUCCAUUUUUCUUGGCUGGGAAGCUCUAAUGCAGUGUGUUCCUGACGUUUACAUCGAUUCAAUGGGAUACGCGUUCACACUGCCUCUGUUUAAGUAUCUAGGUGGUUGUCGCAUUGGCAGCUACGUUCAUUAUCCCACGAUCAGCACUGAUAUGCUGUCUGUAGUGAAGAACCAAAAUGUCGGAUUUAAUAACGCAGCCUUCAUUACCAGGAAUCCUUUUCUAAGCAAAGUAAAGCUCAUCUAUUACUAUUUAUUUGCUUUUAUUUAUGGACUUGUGGGUUCUUGCAGUGAUGUAGUGAUGGUCAAUUCUUCUUGGACACUAAACCACAUUCUCUCACUGUGGAAAGUCGGGAAUUGCACUAAUAUUGUUUACCCACCUUGUGAUGUACAGACCUUUCUGGACAUUCCCUUACAUGAAAAAAAGACAAUCCCAGGACAUUUGCUGGUUUCCAUUGGCCAGUUCCGGCCUGAAAAGAAUCAUCCUUUGCAGAUCAAAGCCUUUGCUAAAUUGCUGAAUAAGAAGGUGGCUGGGUCACUUCCUUCCCUUAAACUUGUCCUCAUUGGAGGGUGUCGUAACCAAGAUGAUGAGCUCAGGGUAAACCAACUGAGAAAGCUUUCUGAGGAUCUGGGAGUUCAAGAAGAUGUGGAAUUUAAAAUAAACAUUCCAUUUGAUGAGUUAAAGACUUACUUGUCUGAAGCAACAAUUGGUCUGCACACCAUGUGGAACGAGCAUUUUGGGAUUGGAGUUGUCGAGUGCAUGGCAGCUGGCACGAUUAUCCUCGCACACAACUCAGGGGGCCCCAAGCUUGACAUUGUCGUCCCUCACGAAGGAGAGAUAACUGGAUUUCUGGCUGAAAGCGAAGAAGGCUACGCGGAAACCAUGGCUCAUAUUCUUUCCAUGUCUGAGGAAAAGAGACUCCAAAUCCGAAGCAGUGCUCGGGCAUCUGUAAGCAGAUUCUCUGAUCAGGAGUUUGAACUGGCGUUCCUGUCAUCUGUGGAGAGCUUAUUCAAAUAAUGUCAUAUCUGUACGGAUGAAAGAUAUUUUAUAUAAAAUGGCGACAUACCUUCAUUCGUCAGAAGUCUAAAGUGGAUUUCCAGAAGCCAAAAUCAAGAUGUCAGCAAGACUGUGUUCCCUCUGCGGGCUUCUGGGGAAAGUCCAUGGCCUGGCCUUUCCCAGAUUCUAGAAGCUGCCUGUAUUCCUUGGCAUAUGGCAUGUUCCUCCAUCUUCCAAGGCGGCAGCACCAGGCUCAUCCCCGCUCACCCUGACAUCUCUCUGGUUCUCCCUUCUGCCUCCUUCCGCUGUUAAACACCCUUUGAUUACAUUGGGCCCACCUGGGUAAUCAAAAACACCCUCCCCUAUUUGAAGGUCAGCUGAGUAGCAGCCUUACUUCCACCUGCAACCUUAAUUCCCCUUUACCAUGUGACAAUAUAUUCACAUCACUGGGUGUGCUGCGGGGUGGCAGGAAGAGAGACUCAUUACUCUGCCUAUCACAUCUACUGUCUGAAAGAUUUCUUGGUAGAAAUUUUAAAGUAAAAAUACUAAUUUCUAUACUCAAAUUAGUCAGCCUUACUGUCUAAAUUGGGAGAAAAAUUACUAAACCCCUGGGAUGACUGGAAAACUCUUACAGAAUGAAUAUUAAUGACUUGUGCCCAGACACUAUACCUAAUAGAUACUAACUUACCACUUAAGAAAAAGUACAAUAAUCACACUUGUACAUUUUGAUGGGUUGUUGAUGUUUCUUGGUUUUCAUCAGCAAUGCAUACUUUGUCAUUAGAUCGAGUAGAAAUAUUCUCUAAACCUUCACUGAAUUCUGCAUAUUUCUGUAUGCUUAUCUCCUCUCCUCCUAACUUUCCAGCACCCUUAGAAAAACCAGGAGGCUCUUCUCUGUUUUCUUCCUCUUUAGAAGUAGCAAGUUUUUCUAGGGAUUCUAUUACUUCAUUUCUCAACUCAUCUUCAGAUUCUUCAAAAUUUCUGAAAUAAGAGUUAAAAAUCAACUUUAUGAUAUCAAAAUAAUUAAAAAUGCAUAUGAAAGGUAGUUUCCCUUCUCAUUUCCCACUCCCACUUGAGCAAUUUAAUAGAUGCAUUUUCCCCUACGUAAUGCAUUACUUAUUAUAUACGUCUGGUUUUCCUAAGAAUGACAAAAAACCAAUGUUGGGAUAAUCAGUACUCUAUUUAGUUGGAUUUGUGUUUGACAAUUUUAAUUAUAUUUAUUAAUACCCAUCUACUCUUAUGUUUAAAAAGUGAAGAAGAG